AUGAAGCCGCCUAGAGGUUACACAAAGGCAAAAGAAGGUGAGGUAUGUAGAUUAAAGAAGAGCAUCUACUGUCUUAAACAAGCGUCAAGGCAAUGGAAUAUUGAGCUAACAAAGUAUUUCUUAGAGAAAGGAUACAAGCAAAGCAAGAAAGAUUAUUCAUUAUUCUCUAAGAAGGAAAAUGGGAAACAAACAUUGAUCUUGGUGUAUGUGGAUGAUCUUCUAAUUAGUAGAGAUAAUGAAGAUGAGGUAAUGAGAUUGAAGAAAGGAUUGAAUGAAGCUUUCACCAUUAAGGAUUUAGGUGAGAUGAGAUAUUUUCUUGGAAUAGAAGUUGCAAGGAACUCAAAAGGAACAGUCAUGAAUCAAAGAAAAUACAUUUUAGACAUUUUGAAAUCUACUGGAAUGGAAGGGUGUAAACCUACAAAAUUUCCAUUUCCAAAGGGAAUCAAAUUGUCUAUCGAGCAAGGAGAAUUGAUUGAAGAUCCAGAAAUUUAUAGACGAAUUGUUGGAAAACUAUUAUAUCUGAAUCUUACGAGACCAGAUAUAUCAUAUAGCGUACAACAAUUAAGUCAAUAUAUGCAAUUGACAGGGUAA